ACCCCAAGUCGCGGGGACUCGGACCUGCGUGAGAUGGUGGAAUCUCUGGCGGCCACUGUGGCGACACUGGCCAACAGGCUACCCCCCCUUCCAGCCCAGGAAGUGAUUAUCGACCCCCCGUCAGACUUGGAGGACGAGGACAGGGACGGCGAUGCUACACCACCCCCUCCAUACAUGCAGUCUCACUCCAAUCAUCUUUCGGACAGCGAAGACCAGGUAGCUCCUGCACAAGAUGACUGGCUGGCUGGCCUGGCAGGCGUGGGCCCCCGCGAGGUCUCUCCAGUGAUUGUGGAGUUCGUCCGGACACAUUGGGGAGCUGACGGAAGGGCAGAGCGUUGCCGGAAGGCCCUGGCUGACUUCCCGCGGCAGAGACUUCCAUUUCUGGUGGUCCCAGAUCUGAACACUGAAAUGAGGUCUCUGGUGCGGGAAGCGACUAGGGACAGAAGGCGAUUUGGUGCCCAACCGUCCGAUGGCGACUCCGACAACGUGGGCCACAGGGACCAGGUCCUCCGGGAUGCUCAGGCUUCAGUCAUCUCCGCGGUCAGCCCGUUGGUGAGCCUCCUGGAGCGCUGUGCCGACCUUGAGUCCUCUCCACCUGAGGGCUCAUCCGGAGGCCGUGUCGAACGACGGGUCGUGGCAGACCAUCUUGCCGCGGCCCUGUCCCACCUCGGCCGUGUUUUCUCCUCCCUCGGCAAUGAGAGAAGGGAGAAUGUCUUGGCAAGGAUUGCCCCAGAGCUGCGGUCUCUGGUGACCAAAGAUCACCAGCCGGAGGAGGAUGGAGCUGCCCGUCUGUUCGGGCAGCACUUUUUGGACCAGAUCAGGACUCGUAACGAGACCUUCAAGGUCCUGAAGGAGGCCAGGCAGCCCCCCAGGCAGGCUUUGGACGAGCCCGCAGCGAAACGGAGCAGACCAACGUCCAGCAGCUCCACCUCAUUCCGCCGCCCAGCUGCGCCCUUUCCAGGGAGGCCCUUCCCGGGGGUACUUCAGGGAAGGGCGUCACGAGCCCCUAGAGGCCGUGGCCGAGAAUGGACCCCGACCAUAGCAAAGUAUGGACAAUAAAUUUGAUGUCAUUUUGCACACCCUC